AUGGGCUCUGUGUUCUACGGCUGGGAUAUAGGUCUGAUUGGCGGCAUUCUAUCAUUACCCUCCUUCCAGGCGUAUUUUGGACUGCAUAAUAUAUCGUCGUCAGCAAAAGCUAACCUGCAAGGCAAUAUCGUAGCCGUCUUGCAAGCAGGAUGUUUCUUCGGUGCCCUGUUCACCGGCUAUUUUUCCGGUGUAUUCGGGCGUAAACCAGUCCUGCUCGCGUCAGGGGUGGUGUACAUCGUUGGCAGCAUCAUACAGACGAUAUGCGGACUGGGAAUGAGCCAGACGGUCGCGCUGCGUCUGCUCUAUUUCGGUCGCUUCCUGGGGGGAGUAGGAGUAGGCAUGGAGUCUGCGCUGGUGCCUUCAUAUGUGUCGGAAUCCGUCCCCCGGACGAUCCGAGGAAGAUGUACGGCGAUGAUCCAGUUCGCUAACAAUGUUGGAAUCAUGCUAAGCUUUUGGGUCAAUUACGGUUCGAGCCUGAACGUACCUUACGGCGACAUGCAAUGGCGCAUGCCCUUCGCCGUCCAAGUAGUCCCAGGCGCGCUCUUCAUCGUCCUCAUGCUCUUCCAGCCCGAGUCCCCCCGCUGGCUCGUUGAGCACGGCAAAUACGACCGCGCCGCAAGGUCCCUUGCCUUCGCAGCUGGCAAAGCAAUCGACGACCCCGCCGUCCAAGCCACCCUCGCGGAAAUCCAGGCCGACUUCGCCGGCAAGCCGCGGGACUCCGUCUGGAAGCAGUUCCGCAUGAUGGGCGAGUCGUGGACUACGGCCCUGCGCUGCUUCAUCCCCUCGCUCGUCAUGUUCUUCCAGCAGUGGACGGGCACGAACGCAAUCAACUACUACUCGCCCGAGAUCUUCGCGGCGCUCGGCAUUUCGGGCACGACGUCAGGGCUGCUCGCGACGGGCGUGUACGGCAUCGUCAAGGUCAUCGCCGUCGGGCUCGUCUGCACUUUCGCAGUUGAGGGCAUGGGCCGCAAGCGCUGCCUCAUCUACGGCGGGCUCGGCCAGGGCGUGAUGAUGCUCUGGAUCGGCGGCUUCCAGGGCGUUCACCCCGGCAACGAUGUCGUCCCCGCGAGCUACGUCUCCAUUGUCGCCGUCUACCUCUACGCUGUGUUCUACUGCGUCGGGUGGGGACCCGUGCCCUGGGUUGUCGCAGGCGAGGUCGCGCCGAACCAUGUCAGGACCGCCGCGCUAGCCGUCGCCGUCGCAGUGAACUGGCUGUUUGCAUUCACGAUCGGGAAGAUCACGCCGAUCAUGCUCAAUUCAAUCAAGUACGGGACGUUCUUAUUGUUUGGAAUGCUGUGCCUCAUCAUGGCCGCGUGGGCGUACUUCCUCCUGCCGGAGACGACGGGCUACGCUUUGGAGGAUAUCAAGUAUCUGUUCGAGAAGGACCUGGUGCUGAGGAGCGUACAGGAUGCGCCUGGCGGGAAAGUCUUCCUUGGCAGGAGGAGGGCAUUAAGCGUGCAAGAGUCGAGAGUUCAGGCCACGGAGUCCGAGUCCAAGAAAGACGGCGAUGUUUCAAGCGAAGAUGGAAGUUCCGCCAAGGACGAGAAGGAGCCCGUAGUGGCGGAGGUGGUGUGA